GCUGGGUGGUAGUCAGCCCACAUGCCCAAAGCCUUUUCUGUGGAACGCCUAUCAAGUGAGUCCAGUGAUUCUGACGCUGGCCAGCAAGAGGGCCAGCAAAGCGCUCCUGCUGCAAAGCGUCGUCGUGUUCAAGACAAGACAGACAUAGACAAGGCAUCUGAGGCAUAUUUGCGAUCGCUGAUUGGAAAGCAAUGCCCUUGCAAGAAGCGAGAGUGCUUGCUUCAAUUUGCAGAGCCCUCCAAAUUUGCUGCGCUAGCUGAGUAUCGCUCACAUUGGCUUGAUCUAGAGAAGUUAGACCAAGACACCUUCGCAUUGGACCGAAUGAAGACCAUGAUCCAGGCCUGUGAAGGUGAUGGUAAUGGGUUGAUGAAGUGGUCCAUUGAAGGUGUGCAGACUUGUCGAAGGGCAUGGAAAGCUUUACACAACAUGGGCACUGGACGAUGCCAGAGAAUUUUCCAGGUUUGACCCCGGUUCGAGGAAACCGUUAUGAAUGCGCUUGCCUUUCUUGUAGGUCCAUGGCUUGGCCUGCUGAGCAAUUAUGAGCAAGAGAUUGGGAAUCUGACUUGAUGGAAAAGAGCUUCCUGCAGGUGGCAAGCCUUCAACAUCCAAAAUCCUUCUAUAUAGAUGAUUGCAAGACUUGACUUCCACACUGCGUGCUUGUGAUUCCGCCAUAGUUGCUCCACCCCUGGAGCCCCACUUGGUGUGAAGUCCAGGGCCGCAAGUGUCUCUUAACGAAACAGGUUGCUGCCGAAGUUCAGGCAAAGCUUUGUGGGUGGCUACAUGUACAUAUGACUGUUCAACAUCGCCGGUCCUUGGCGGUCGCCUGCGGAAACAGCAGACGACACUCAGGAUGUUCUACAUUUUGACCCACACUUCUUGGUAGUUCAUUCUGGACGAGUGCGCCCGCCUUAACCCUGCGCUGUUGAACGGCA